AUGCAGCCGUCAUCGCCUUCACCAUCCUUCUCCGAAAUGCUCAAUGAAAACGACAAAGCCGCAACUGGACCACGUAGCCAUCAGCAUCAUCCUUACAUGAAAAAACACAUCCAUUAUCGCCACACGUAUGUCAAACGAAAAGCAUCAUCAUAUCAAUGCCCUCCACAACAACAACAACAACCUAUGCUUGGUGAUUAUUGUAUGGGCAAGACCAUCGGUCGUGGAGCAUCUGGCCGAGUCAAGAUUGGGAUCCAUCGAGAAACAGGAGAACAGGUGGCCAUCAAGAUCAUAUCUCGAAGCCGAUUGGCACAAUCAUCAAGUAUGGCGUUGUGUGUACAAAGGGAGCUUGCCAUCCUGCAUUUGCUACAUCAUCCCCAUGUCGUGCAUUUACGACAAGUGCUUCAAGACUCUAGCCAUGUCUAUUUCGUCAUGGAUUAUGUGGAUGGCGGCGAAUUGUAUCAUGUUUUAACCGAGCAUGGCAGAUUGACCGAAACAAAAGCUAAACAUCUCUUUGGUCAAUUGGCAUCCGCCCUUAUUUGGUGUCACUCGCAUCACAUUUGCCAUCGUGAUCUCAAGCCGGAGAACCUCUUAUUGGAUAAGGCACAGGAAAACCUUAAAGUCGUUGAUUUUGGUAUGGCUACCAUCCAAUCACCAGAUUGGCUUCUCAAGACUAGUUGUGGAUCGCCCCAUUAUGCGAGUCCUGAAAUUGUCAGAGGCAAACCAUAUAAUGGAUAUGCAACGGAUGUGUGGUCGGCUGGUGUCAUAUUGUAUGCUAUGCUGACGGGAAGACUCCCCUUUGAUGGCUCAAGUGCAGGAAGCUUGCUUUCAAAAAUCAAGUCAGGGCGAUACUUGCCAUUGCCCUCACAUGUAUCACGAGAUGCCAAAGACCUUAUCAAACGCAUGCUAAUGGUGAAUCCUUCCAAACGCAUUACUAUUCAAGAAGUUCUCCUGCAUCCAUGGCUCACUCGAAAUAGUAACAACACAAGCACCAGUAAAAAACAACGACAUCCAUCACCAAUGACAUCACCUUUGCUCCAUAAUCAUGCCUUACAAGGUCCCAUCAUACAUCAGCCCAUGGAUAUUGAUAAUCGGUCUUGGGAAAUGCUCAAGGUGCUUUGGAAAAGUUACAACCAAAAGGAGCUGUUGGCUGCAUUGACAAGUGAUAGUCCCAAUGUCCCCAAAUUGACUUGCCAUUUAUUACAACAGCGAGCUUGUCAUGAAGAUACAUAUGAAAAUACCCCGCCCUGGUCACCCCUUUAUCGACCGUAUUCAUGCAGUAGUAGCUGCAGCACCAUUACUCAUGAUUCUGGGAUUUCAUGUUGUGGUGGUGUUGGCAUAGGAAGUGCGACACCCAUAGUAGGAGCAAUAGCGUUGCCAGAUACUGGAAGCACCAUGACAUGUUUGGAACAAUCGGACCCUACAACAACAGCACCAUCACCACCAUGCAAAUCGCCAUCCAUAUGUUCAUCCACGGGGUCAUCCUCUUUGGAGUACGCAACACCUACCAGCACGAAUCCAACUUUAUCACGAUGGCUUGAUAGUGAAUCAUCGUUAUCAGCUGCGGAUCCCUUGGUUGCUCAAUUUGCCCAUGUUCAUUCAAUUCUUGAACCAACAUCAAUGACGUCGUCUUCAGCUGCCAUACGCCAUCUUCAUCGUCUCCAGACACGUUCCUCGUUAUUGAACACGACGACAACGAGGCUUGUUACUGAUCCAUGGCGAGCCGUCAGCUCAUGGUUUGGUGUGGCACGUGAUUGGUGUGUCGAACGAUUGGCCGAUAGGGAACAAACCAUGCAUGCACAUGCUAACAAGGUCUAUGUCUUGGAGAGACAUGCUAAAUGUGAGCGUGAAGCGGCAGGAAAACUACAACAAAUCUUGCAAGAGCAUUUCCAUGGUACCUUGCAAAAGCGCGUAUACAAGAACGACAAGGUGAUUUGGGAUGGCUCAAUGAAAAUUGAUGGGCACCAUAAUACCUUGCACUUCAUGUGUCAUAUAAGCGCUGCAUCCGCACGUAAAGGCAAGGUCAAAGUGGGCUUUGUCCUAGUGAAAGGCGAUCAAGCAACCAUGGAUGAUGGCAUGGAUCGAAUAUUGAAGUUGUGGAACAAAUAUGAACAAGAUGCCAGAGCUGUAGCCAUGGCAAACGGUUGGUUGCUAGACAACAACAAUGACACUACCAUGGCAACCACCUCAACCCAAGCUACAACAACAACACAUACAUAA